AUGCAGAUUUUGUGGAAAAUUGUCAUAUUCAGAAAGUGUCUUUCCAAGCAGAAAUCACUCGUCCAGGAACAAUCUAAGGUUACAAACUGCAUUACUGAUGAAUUGCACCGGAAUUGGAUUAACACCACAACCGUUUUUAAUCGCACCAUUACAGCAGAAAAACCGUUUGUCGUAUCCGUCCAAUUAAACGAACAACCGGUAGAGUUUGAAAUUGAUACCGGUUCCGCAGUCACUUUGAUCCGAACAGACGCCUUAUCCCAACUUACAAAGUUGUGUCCACCGAACAUACAGUUGCGACAUUACACGGGACAGGUGGUGAAUGUGCUUGGUACCUUCAAUGCACGCAUUUCUUACCGGAACUCAACGAGUCAUAUGUGUGCGUACGUUUCUGGAGGACCGGGUCCGAACAUCCUGGGCCGCGAUGGAAUUAAGCGCCUUCCUGACAUAAUGUCGAACGUCAACCUGGUGAAAGACAAUCCGCAGUUAUCCGAGAUUUUUCAGGAGUAUGCAGUCUUAUUUGACCAGUCGAGAUCAGGACUUUUAAGGAAUUGCAGUGCACAUCUGGUAUUUAAACCACAGACAAAACCGCGGUUCUGGAAAGCUCGCACUGUUCCCUAUGCCCUCCGUGAUGAGGUCGAAAGUGAACUGCGCCGACUCCAGUUGGAAGGUACCGUUGAACCCUUCCAGUAUUCAGACUGGGCAGCCCCCACUUUGCCAGUAUUGGAGAACGAUGAUACUAUAAGUAUCUGCGGGGAUUACAAGGUUUUGAUAAACCAAGCGUUAGAAUUAGACCGAUAUCCGCUACCAAAGAUUGAAGACAUUUACGCUUCCCUUUCCUGUGGUGAUCCAUUUACAAAACUAGAUCUGAGUCAUGCUUACCAACAAAUUGAACUCGAUGAGGAAUCACGCAGGUACACCACCAUUAAUACUCAUCACGGAUUAUUCCGCUAUAUACGCAUGCGUUUUGAAAUAAGCUCGGCUCCAUCUAUUUUUCAACGUAUUUUUGACUCACUCGUGAAAGAUAUACCAAACACAUGUGUGUACUUAGAUGACAUUUUAAUUACUGGACGAACUACCGCCGAGCACUUACAUACAUUGGACGUCGUCCUGAAGCGAUUAUCGGAUGCCGGUUUGGUUCUAAAAAGAGAAAAGUGUGAGUUCCUUGUUCCGAGUGUACAGUAG